CUAAUUUAUAGGUUUUCCAAAAAUGCUGUGUAACUGAAUUGUGGAUAUAAACAAAAAAUGUCAUACACCAAUCAACUGGCCACUGUAGAAAAUGGGUCUCAAUGGUUAACAUGCAGAGUCCAAUAUUUGGACGAUACGGACCCAUUUUCGUCAACGAAUUUUCCGGAGCCGACAAGACCCCCAAGUUUUACGUUUAAUAUCGAUUUGCCUUUAUGUGAACAAAUCUCAGGAGUACACAGACUGUUAAAGGCACCACAUAAGAUUGGGGACUGCACUCUACAGUUAUCUAACACAAGUGCUUACCUUGAUUUGGAUUUAUCUAUAUCUGAACAAAGAGAAGAAUUUGAAAGUUUUUUUGCCGAUGGGAAAAGAAAUUCUGUGAUUAUAAGGACCCAGCUUUCUGUAAGAGUACACGCCUGUAUCGAGAAAUUAUACAAUUCGAAGGGUCGUGAAUUAAGAAGAGCACUGUUUUCUUUGAAGCAAAUUUUCCAGGAUGAUAAAGAUCUGGUUCACCAGUUCGUAAACGCGGAUGGUUUAACUUGUCUUAUAAAAGUUGGAGCAGAAGCUGACCAAAACUAUCAGAACUACAUUUUACGAGCUCUUGGCCAAAUAAUGUUAUAUGUUGAUGGCAUGGAUGGAGUUAUUCAACAUAAAGAUACGGUUCGAUGGCUUUACUCACUAAUUGCUUCAAAAUUUCGACUAGUGGUGAAAACAAGUUUGAAAUUGCUUCUUGUGUUUGUUGAGUAUUCCGAGUCCAACGCUCAUGUUCUUAUGAAAGCUGUGCAAUAUGUGGAUGCUAGGAAACGCGGCCAUUUAUGGUCUAAUUUAAUGGACGUUCUUGGUGAAAAAGAUGGAAUCGACACCGAACUUCUCGUUUAUGCCAUGACACUUUUAAACAAAACGCUGAGUAAUGUUCCUGACCAAGAUACCUUUUAUGACAUCACAGAUGCUUUGGAAGAACAAGAAAUGGAAGCUAUUUCGCAGAGACAUUUGAACAAAAAAGGAAAUGAUUUAGAUUUGGUCGAACAGUUCAAGAUAUACGAGUUGGCACUAAAGCACGAGGAUGGUGAAGAAGAAGGCGGAGACACGUCAACUGCUGCUGGAAUCAAAUGGAAUAGAGACAGAAAAAAAUCCGAAAUGUCGGUCGACAGAAAAAGUCGGCGUCGAAAUUCUCUCUCAAACAUUCCGACCCCUGACCCUGUCCCAGAUGACCCCCCUACCCCAGAACCCACCCCUAAGAAAGCCCCUGAUCCCGUGGGUAGCCCAAAACCGUGGGCACAAAAAAGCAUCACCCCGACUUUAACUGUCACUCAAGACCCCCCGACCCAGGAAAUAACCAGAUCUCGUCGAAGAUAUAACCAAACGAAUGGAAUUGUUGAUUCCGAUCUGCGCAGGACCGUUAAGUUGGAGCAAAAAAGACUAAAUACUACCACCUCCUACAUCUCCUCUAAUACUUCUCUUGAGGAUAAUGAAAGAGAAAAAAGGAGAAAGGAGAGAAUGCUCAAAUGGAGUGAAAAAGAAAGAAGCUACCGCCGACAAAUACGUCCAAAACUCGAAGAUAUUAUUGAAUCUGAGAGAAUUAAACUUGAAAGAAGGAGAAAUUACCUAAACACAGAAAAAACUGCCCAGAAUAAUCAUACUGUCGAAAAUGGAUACACUAAUGGGGUCACACACGAGACAUUGGACGUACCACCGGAGGCGCCAGCACCCCCACAAAGAUCAUAUGCAUCUAGUCGUGUUUUAGAACAGAGGAAAAAACAGAGAGAACAGCUUCUUAUGCAACAACAACAAAAACAGCAAAAACAAGAAGAAGAAAACAAAGCAGAAGCCGAAAAAGAAGUCGUAACAACAGCAACAACUAGAAGCCGACACCGGCGUCGUCUUGACGCUAACGCGCCAAGAACGCCGGAAAUGGCGUCACCGGUACCGUGUGUGCCGCAGUCAAACGGUGAGACACAUUUUCCGGCCCAAAAAGCGAAAGAAAUAUGCGCAGUAGAGUCCACAGCGCACGAAAGCGUGCCGAAAAAAGUGUCAACUCCAACCGAUGAAGUUAUAACGUCAAACCAGAAGUUUUUAAUGGAUAUGCUUUACUCGAACCAAGAAGUAGCGUCGAAACAAACGGAAAGUGACGAAGGGUCCUCAGAAAAUGACCCCAAGGCCAUAGAAGACCGCUCGGCGGAAAAAUCUGGGAUACAAGCUAUCGCAGAAAAAUUGCAAGUUUCUACGAUUGAUAUCGCUCAGCGAUUAAAACCCAAGGCCCCAGAAGAAACAGGGGGAAGUCCCGUUGACCCCACUCCGGUCCCCGCUGCCCCACGGAAGGACAGUGACAUCAUGUGGGAGAAAUUACUUCUUCAACAAGGAGGGCACCGAAAAGUAAAUCUUGACGGAUACGAUUUUUCUGACGUAACUGACCUUGACGAAGAAAAUUCUCUUGCCCCCCAAAAACCGCCAUUAAUUGGGGGAAUUCCCCCUCCACCCCCUUGUUUAGGGGGUUUCCCCCCACCACCCCCACCUCCAGGAGGGGUCCCCCUACCCCCUCCCCCAAUGAGCCCCACCCCACCACCCCCAGGGAGUCCCCAUACUUCUCAAUCCCCAAAUAAACGAAGAACUGUCCGAUUAUUUUGGAAGGAGGUAAAAAUGGACAAAGUUUUAACAUUUUCCUUUUUAUUUUGCCUAAAACAUAACUUGACCUGUACCACCCUGACUGGCAAUUAUGGUUGCGUAUGUAAUAACAACACAUUUCGAUUUGCCAAAAGCUGUGUUACAGCUGACAAAUGCCCGUGCCACCAUGGGGGAAAAGCUUUUAAACCAGGGACAAAACUAAAUAUGGGACCUGAAACUUGGUAA